AUGGAAGCGCAACCGGACGAAGGCUCUGUGCAGCCCCUGGAGAGCAUUCCAUCUACCGACGUCGCUGCAACACAAAACCUUACCCGUAUCAAUCCCAAAUGGGAGUCGUUGGAUAACACUUGCGCCGAGUUGUUUGGUCCGUGGGAUGAUCUGCCACGCUAUGCACAGAUUAACGAGCCUCGCCUUUUGCGUGAGCUAGAUAAUGCCAUCGUUCUCUUUGAAAGUCGAAUCAACCACGACGACGCCGGUUUCCACGUCUGGCGGGAGCGCCACAAGAAGGCUAUGGAGGCUGGCUUGGCCAAGAUUCAUAGGUAUCCGUGCCUUCAGACGAUGGUGAUAGACGGCAAGCCUAUAUGGCACGAUGAAGUGUGGGAGCAGCGGUACAACUAUCUUAUCCACCAACGCCAGCAGAUUAUCAUGGAUCGACUGGCCCGAAUAAAGCUGCCGCGAUAUGCGCGCGAAGACUUCUUUGGCACGAAGCCGGCACCUCAUCGAGCGCUGCUGCACAAGCGCAGCUCCGGACGUGGCACUCGACCUUUUAAGCUACGAUGUGACUGGUGGUGGCCCGUGGAGAAGCUCUUGGGAAGAGCAGCCCGCCGGUGGGACAUGGACGAGGCGACUCUCAAGGCCACUUUUUGGGAGACUCUGCCCACACCCAAUGUCAAGACCAAGGCAUCACGAGCAUGGGGAGACAAGAUCAAGGAGGAGGAGGAGGACGCAGCUGAGCGAAGCACACGGAAAGAGAAGAUGGAGCCGCCUGACGACGACAAGGAGACUGUUGGACUGGUUGCGGAGCUGGUUUCCGAGGCUCUGUUUGCCCUCGGUUGA